GCUCGCUCUCAGCAGAUUGACAGUAAACUCCGAGCGCGCGGACGCUGUUCAGUUAACUUGGGGGGGGAAGCCGCACGGACGCUGGAUUUCUAUCAGCAUCGCUUCCGGAGAUCCGCCGUGCUGCUGCUGCUACUGAGAGCUCGUCCGUGGCAGGCUGGAAGCAGGAGCCGAGCAGCAGGACAUGAGAAAUUGAGGAAGGUCUGUAAAGCGAAGUGAAAAGGCCAGAGUGCAGGAGGGAUCAGUGUUGUGUUCAUGGCUGCUGGAGAUGGGGCGCAGCUGCCGGCGACACUAGCGGCCAGCAGGAGCGUGGAGAAGGCGCUCGAGGAGGCGGCGGCCAGCGGAGCGCUCGUGCUCUCCAACCGCAAACUCAAGGAGUUUCCGCGCACUGCCCGCAACUACGACCUGUCCGACAUCACACACGCAGACUUGUCCAAGAACCGGCUGUGUGAGGUGCCAGAGGAGUUGUGCCAGUUCAUCUCUUUGGAGACGCUCAGCAUCUAUCACAACUGUGUGCGCUCAGUUCCCUCCACCCUCUGCCACCUACAGGCUCUCACCUACCUCAACCUCAGUCGGAAUCAACUGUCCAGUUUGCCCACAUCAGUAUGUGAGCUCCCUCUGUUGCGGGUGCUCAACAUCAGCAACAACAAACUACCAGUCCUCCCUGUUUCCAUACACAGACUCGCACAACUCCGGCAACUGGAUGUGAGCUGUAAUGAGCUGCAGUGUUUGCCGGUGGAACUGGGUCAGCUGGAGGGUUUACGGGAUCUGAACUUGAGAAGAAAUCAGCUCACGACCCUGCCAGAGGAAUUGGCUGAGCUGCCACUAGUCCGUCUGGAUGUCUCCUGCAACAGAAUUUCCCACGUUCCCGUGUGCUAUCGGCACUUGCGGCAUCUGCAGCACAUCUCGCUGGACAACAACCCGCUGCAGAUGCCCCCAGCGCAGAUCUGCUCCAAAGGGAAGUUCCACAUUUUCAAGUACCUUAACAUGGAAGCAUGCAAGAGAAGCCAGGACCAACUGGAGAGAGCUCUGCGGCCCAGUGGCUUCAGCAGCUGUCUUUCAGAUCAGGAGCUGUUCCCUGGUCAGUAUGGUGGUCUGGACUCUGGCUUCAACAGCGUGGACAGUGGAAGCAAGAGAUGGUCUGGAAAUGAGUCUGCUGACGAUUUUUCAGAGAGAUCUUUGCGAUUGACGGAUAUCUCCCGCGAGCAGCACAAGGAAGAAGACGAGAGGAACGAGUUGCUGGAUACGCCCAAAGUGAACGGAAUCGUGGAGCAGGUGGAUUUCCUUGAUAGCAGUUUAACAGAAGAGGGUGAGGAAAACUGCAAAAAAGACACUCCCAGUCCUCCACAGUCAUCACCCACACAGAAGACUGAAAGCAGGUCCACGCCCUCACAAAGCCCCGAUUCAGUUGGCAGCAGGAGGAGUGUUGGCCGUGACUCAGCUGAUGCGGGCUCUCCGUCCAGUCCCACACUAGAGGAAAAGAAGAGGCCUGGCACGCUGCAGCUCUGGCAGGAGAGGGAGCGUGCUCAGCAGCAGCAGCGAGAGCGGCUGCAGAGGACGGCAGUGAAAACAGGAAGUCAGUCAGCAACAAAACAGACAGGAACAGGAAGUGUCUCGUGUGGUGACUCACCAGACAGUAGUGCUGCUGUUAACGGUCUUCGCCAAAGAUCUGUUACUGUGGAUCAGAUUUAUCCCACAUCCCUCCAACGUUCAACAAGCCGCACAGAUGUGCCCUCUGCCAAGCCCUGUUCUCCCACCGGCAGUGCUCCCAAACCCAACAGCUUCCUCUUCCGCACUUCAUCACGCUGCAAUGUCAAGACUUCAGGGUCAAUGCAGUCUUUGGCUGAGUCGGGUCGCAGUGAGUCUCGAUCCACACUCAAAUCACCACGAGAGGAGAGAGCAGAAAUCUCUCAGUUACGUAAGUCCCUAGAGUCCUCUCUGAAGAUCACCCUUCCAGAAGAUCUAGGCGAAUUGUUGUCCAACGGCACCAUCCUCUGCCAGCUAGCCAAUCACGUCCGUCCACGGUCGGUGUCAAUCAUCCACAUCCCCUCCCCUGCUGUGCCAAAACUGAGUGCUGCCAAGUGUCGCCUCAACGUCGAAAACUUCCUCGCUGCCUGCCGCAAGCUGGGCGUUCCCGAGACGGAGGUGUGUCUAGCGUCUGAUAUCCUCUGCAGUAAGCUGCGUGCUGUGCAGCGCUGCGUGGAGUCGCUCUUGUCGAGAGGAGGAGGAGGAGAUGAGGAGUUGAAGGAGGAUAUAAAAGCACACUCUUCCCCUCUCUCUCCCUUCUCCCUCAUCCCCACUGGCUUUUUGCUCUUCUACUGCCUCGUCAUGGGCCUGCUCUACCUGCUCUACCACCACCUUACCGCAUAAAGCGCAUACAUGCGUGUUUACAUGAGAGCAUGUUGUCAGAUCUAAACGAUGUGAUCGCUACGCUUCCACGUAUAAUAAGGCUUUGCAGCAGUGCACUUCCACACCACGCCGCUCGAGGCAUACCCUGCCCAUCGCACGACACUACAUGGAGACGCUCCAUAGCAGAGCUAGCUCCACUGCCAGCUAGAGAGCCUGGCACACAUACACACUUAUACACCACACUCUAAACUGCAGUAAGCAGAUAUGGAACCAACUUGGUGGUUGUUUUAUGCUGUAUCUGUCUUUAACAGAAUUGUAUAUAAAUAUAUAUAUAUAAAGAAUUAAUACUGUUACAAUUUUAUGGACAGACUUUGUGGGAUUGCAGUUUUUUUUUUUUUUUAAGCAUUUUAUAUAAGCUUCCCAGACAAAAAAAAUUGCCAUCAAAUCUGUCUUUAUUUUCUAAUACCUGGUUGAGGACCAGUGCAGAAAAAUCCAGACCAGCGUUUCAUUUACCAGGUGCAACUCAGCUUCGUGUAGAGCGCUUUGAUAUUUCUCCUGCUCUUCUAAAUAGUCUUCUAAAAAGUUUGCUACUUCCACAUCAGCUACGAGUUGGCGAGAGCGAACGCAUGCUUUCUCUGAGAUAAAGUCAGUCAGCGAUUUUUUUUUUGGAGCUGCUGCUCAAACACACUGGAGGAAAGUGUUAUCUGCCCUCUUCUACAUCCAUGAGCUCAUACCUGCAUACAAUUGGCUAUAGAGUAAUAAUAUUCGUCCCGUUUUGCUCUCUAGGACUCCUGCUCAUGGAUGGCUCAAGCUUUAUUAGCUUUAUUGGGAUUUGGAAUCAAACACCGUUCUGCUGUGUCACAUGGGAUCCUCAUGUCACGAGUAUUCUAUGGUUUAGCUGUAGCAUUUUUGUAAAGAUGAAAGGACACAACUGCUUUGCGCUUCCUUUAUUUAAGAUGCACCGCAGACCAUUUGCUAAAAACAGAAUGUGCUGUGUGCUACCAUUUUACAUCAGUUUUUAGUGUAUAAUGUACUUAAUUUAAUUUUUUUUUUAUUUGGGCAGUCAAGAUGAUGUUUCAUGCCAGUAAUGAAACUUUAACCACGAGGCAUUCGUUGCUUUAAUGCUGUUAUCAUAAGCGCAUCCUGACUUCAGACAUACGCUAGGGUCUUUGUUGUAGAAUUCAUAUUUUUCUCUUUUUAGCAAAGUUUGCUCCAUUGUCUGAGCGAUUGAGGCGAAUUUGCAGGGAGUCAGAAGUGUCUAAAGUGUUUGUGCUGCUAUUGACAGAUGGGUUUUUUGUUUUGUUUUGGUUUGUUUUUCUUUUUGUCUGGGGAGCUUAUUAAAACCCUUCAAACAGUUCUGUUCGGUCCAUUACGACUGGAUGAUUUUAAUCAGAAAUGAUCGGUUUUAAAGUGGUAUUUAUCUGUUCUUAGUAUCCAUUUCCCCAAAGGGCUUCGCCACCGCUUUGCCUUAGAUUACACACGGGAUCAAGCUUUGAGGAUGGUGUAGUGUUUGUAUGUACCUGGGGAAGAGUGCGUUUUAUAACUGUUUAUUUAGUCACUGGCACAAAUAGUAAAAUCCACUCACAUAUUGUUGAAAGGGCUUUAAAUUUUUUAACCACUUUGUCUCAGUGCUUGCAAAUGUAAGUGCCUGCAAUGUCUGACUGAAGCUACUGUCACAAACUCCACCAUGUGUGUGUCCAUUCCAGUCUCUCUGCCUUGCAGCAUGUGUGUUAUUAAACAUUAUGGAAUGGUUUGUGAGAAUGAGUUUUAAAGCUCCCUGUUCACAUUUGAUAAGAAUAUAUCUUUUUAAAUACUAAUGUCGGGAGACUGGAAUGAACCGGUUUGCUGUUUUGUUUAUUUGUUUUGUCCUGUUGACUAACUGUGACCACCAGAGGGCAGUGGUGUUGCACAACUGCACUCGAAGCUAUAUGUCCAAUGGUACUGAAGUAAUGUUUCUGAUUUAUGUAUAUGUAUUGUUUUGGUCAGCUUGCCAUGUAAAGUUAAGUUAUUGUUUAUUUAUUUAUGCAUUCCUGUGUCCAGCAGCAGUAUUGGGAGAAACACGGCCUCAUAGAGCAAAACCUCAUCAGCUCUUCUCAAAGCAUUGCGAUAUUUAGCCUUAAAAAAAAAAUUAGGUUCUGACCAGAUGAUGUUCAGAAAACAUGUGGUACGGAAAUUCUGAGCCCAGAGUUUCAGUCAAAUACAAGAACGUUUUCUACAUAAGUAAAUCUCAACUCCUGCUUAUACAUACAGACCCAAACAGCAAGUGUUAAUGAAAGGCGUAAAUUCUUCUCAGUGGAAUAGCAUCCCAUUAAAACCUCUUUAAGCCUCUUUUUUUUUUUCCUUUUUUUUUCUCGUUAAUGUUGGUUUUAGGCCCAUGAGUACCCAUGUUUCCUCAAUACUGUCUACUUCUGUUGCUUUUGUGUUCCCUGCAUACUUAAUGUGAUUUCGCAGCUUUGCAGACAGUUGACUAACGAGCAGACGCUCAUCUGGAGAGAGUGAUAAGGGCACAUGGGAAAAGAAUUGAGUAAAGGAAAAGAAGGAGAGGAGAAGCACAAGGGUGGGGUGAUGGGAUAGAAAAUGCGCGGUGAAAGAAAUGGGUUAAUUUUCACUUAUCCGAUUUGUUAAAUCCUUCCCUCUUAUGGGUCUCUUAAUGUCUUAAAACGUUAAAAACGAGACUUCUCAAACACACAGAUACGAAAACGUCUUCUCACCAGUCCCAUGACUAAAAUCAUCAUUUUUUUAUUUACUACAUUUUUCAGUCCUCACAAAUGAAAUCAUCUAAAGGGCUCAGUUUAACCGAAAGCCAUGUUGCGUAUUCAGAGCAGGGAUGUUGAAGAACUACCCACAAACAUUGCCCUUUUUGUGUUUGUUUGUUUGUUUGUUUGUUAGUUAUUUUUCCCAAAUACUUAUAGUUUUUUGUUGGAGCAAAAUCUGCAAUAAUGUUUCAACCAAAAUGUCUCUUAGGGUGAAGCGAGUUACGAAAGCACCAAACUCACUGGAGUCGAAUUUUUAAAACAGUUGUUAAGAAGCGAGAUGUAUUUUGUAAUAUUUAUAUCCCUCAUGUAUUUAAGGAGGUCAAUUGUAAGUUUAUAUAGAUUCAAGAUUUUUUUUUUUUGUUGCUGUAAUUAUUAAAAAAGAAAGGAAAAA